AUGAUUUUAAUGUAUUCUUCUUCUUAUCGAACUGGCAGUUGUUUAACUUGCCACACUCGUCAGGAGUUCGAUAAAACGGAAGACUCCGGACGUGAUGGCGGAAAACGACGAGUAUUCAACGACGAAGUGAACGAAGACGUGCUUGUAGUGAAGGAUCUUACGAAAAUAUUUAAAGUUCAAGGUGAAUGCUUCCUACUGGGAGUCAAUGGCGCGGGAAAAACUACAAUGUUUGAAAUGUUAACAGGCGAUGUGAUUCCAACUUCGGGUACCGCCGUCCUUGACUCGUGGGAUAUUCAGACUAAUUUAAGUCGGGUUCGUAAACGAACAGGCUAUUGUCCACAAUUUGAUGCUUUGAUCGAUUUAUUGACGGGACGGGAGAUGUUGCAAAUGUAUGCUGCACUUCGUGGAGUCCCCAGUCAUGAGAUCAAUCCAUUGAUCGAAGAUUUAAUGAGAUCAGUGUUGCUAACAGAACACGCAGAUAUGUUAACUAAAACAUACAGUGGUGGAAACAAACGAAACUAA